UAGUCGCCGUUGGCCGCGAUCGCUCCCGGCGCAGGAUGCCGCCCCUGACGCCCCCCAAGUCCGGCGACGCCCUCUUCGCCAGCGUCGACCGCGUGAACGCGGAGCUCUUCACGCUCACGUACGGCGCCAUCGUGCGCCAGCUGCUCACGGAUCUCGAGGAGGUCGAGGAGGUCAACAAGCAGCUCGACCAGAUGGGUUACAAUAUUGGGACUCGAUUGGUUGAUGAAUUCUUAGCCAAGUCAAAUGUAUCAAAUUGUGUUGAUUUCAAAGAGACUGCUGAUACUAUAGCGAAGCUUGGCUUCAAAAUGUUCCUGGGCGUGACUGCGACUGUAACCAAUUGGGAUGCUGAAGGUACAACUUGCAGCUUCGUAUUGGAGGACAACCCACUUGUAGAUUUCGUUGAGCUACCUGAUACUUGCCAGGGCCUUCAGUAUUGCAAUGUGUUGAGUGGAGUUAUCAGGGGAGCACUGGAAAUGGUUUCCAUGAAGACGGAGGUUACAUGGGUCCGCGACAUGCUCCGUGGAGACGACGCCUACGAGAUGCGGGUGAAGCUCACCAAGCAGGUCCCAGAGGAAUACCCCUACAAAGAUGACGACUAGUUUGUUUCAGCUCAAUUGGUAGCUCUUUUGGCAUGGUGGUGCUCGUUUGCUCGUCGUUUUUUCUUUCCCAAGUGGCUGUAAUUCAGGUAUGACCAUGAUGUUGACAUCCGGCACCUGUGCAUUAUAUUUUGCAGCUGCACCGUGUACUGCCGACGUAUUGUAGAGAUGUUGUAUGGUUUUCGUGCUUUCAAACAGUUUGAUAAAGUUAGUCCUCAGGGCAAAUCAUUAUGCUGGGCUGCUCGCUAGAUGUCAUGUUUUGUUGCACGGAUGAUAGAAGUUGCAAACCUUUUUGUACCA